AUGCCUGUUGUGUGGCCAACACUUUUGGAUCUCAGCAGGGAUGAAUGCAAAAGGAUUCUUCGAAAAUUGGAAUUGGAGGCAUAUGCUGGAGUUAUCAGUGCACUUCGGGCACAGGGAGAUCUCACCAAGGAAAAGAAAGAUCUUCUUGGAGAACUCUCAAAAGUUCUUAGCAUCUCAACAGAACGCCACCGUGCUGAAGUUCGGAGAGCAGUAAACGAUGAACGGUUAACAACAAUUGCACAUAAAAUGAAUUUAUCCUUAUAUUUGGGUGAAAGACCAAGUUACAGUAUGUCUGGACCUAAUAGUUCCUCAGAAUGGUCCAUUGAAGGUCGUCGCCUGGUACCCCUGAUGCCCCGGCUGGUUCCCCAAACUGCCUUCACUGUAACAGCGAAUGCUGUUGCCAACGCGGCCGUCCAGCACAACGCGUCUCUCCCGGUGCCUGCGGAAACGGGAAGCAAGGAAGUAGUGGUUUGCUAUUCCUACACAAGUACCACGUCAACCCCAACCUCUACCCCUGUUCCAAGUGGCAGCAUAGCAACGGUUAAGUCUCCAAGACCUGCCAGUCCUGCCUCCAAUGUAGUUGUCUUGCCAAGUGGAAGUACUGUUUAUGUCAAAAGUGUUAGCUGUUCAGAUGAAGAUGAAAAACCCAGAAAACGAAGGCGAACAAACUCUUCUAGCUCCUCGCCUGUUGUCCUCAAGGAAGUUCCAAAGGCUGUUGUUCCGGUCUCAAAGACGAUCACUGUGCCUGUGAGCGGCAGUCCCAAGAUGAGCAACAUCAUGCAGAGCAUUGCCAACUCCUUACCACCCCACAUGUCUCCUGUGAAAAUAACCUUCACCAAACCGUCAACACAGACGACAAACACAGCAACACAGAAGGUUAUUAUAGUGACCACAUCACCAAGUUCAACCUUCGUGCCCAACAUUCUCUCCAAAUCCCAUAACUAUGCAGCAGUCACUAAGCUUGUACCAACAUCAGUCAUUGCUUCCACAACCCAGAAGCCACCAGUGGUUAUAACUGCUUCACAGUCCUCUCUGGUCAGUAGUAGCAGCAGUGGCAGCAGCAGUUCUACACCAUCACCUAUUCCUAAUACAGUUGCAGUAACAGCUGUGGUUUCUUCCACACCAUCUGUGGUCAUGUCAACAGUAGCACAAGGUGUAUCUACAUCAGCAAUCAAAAUGGCAUCAACCAGACUUCCUUCUCCCAAAAGCUUGGUGGGUGCCCCAACUCAGAUUCUUGCACAGUUUCCUAAACAGCAUCAGCAGUCUCCUAAGCAGCAGUUACAUCAAGUGCAGCAACAGACGCAGCAGCAGGUGGCCCAGCCUUCUCCAGUGUCUCAUCAGCAACAGCCUCAGCAGUCUCCUUUGCCACCUGGUAUCAAGCCUACCAUUCAAAUCAAACAGGAGUCAGGUGUUAAAAUCAUCACACAACAAGUUCAACCAAGUAAAAUCUUACCCAAACCAGUGACAGCAACUCUGCCUACCAGUAGCAAUUCCCCUAUUAUGGUGGUUAGCAGUAAUGGUGCAAUUAUGACAACUAAACUGGUAACCACUCCUACUGGCACACAGGCAACCUAUACUCGGCCAACAGUGAGCCCAUCUAUAGGUCGGAUGGCUGCAACCCCUGGAGCUGCAACCUACGUGAAAACUACCAGUGGUAGCAUUAUUACAGUAGUACCCAAAUCAUUAGCUACCUUGGGGGGCAAGAUAAUUAGCAGUAAUAUAGUUUCUGGAACGACUACCAAAAUCACUACAAUCCCCAUGACUUCCAAGCCCAAUGUGAUUGUUGUGCAAAAGACUACAGGAAAAGGAACGACCAUUCAAGGCCUCCCGGGCAAAAACGUUGUCACAACGUUGCUAAAUGCUGGAGGAGAAAAGACUAUUCAGACGGUGCCAACAGGAGCAAAGCCAGCUAUUAUCACUGCUACAAGACCCAUCACCAAAAUGAUUGUAACUCAGCCAAAAGGUAUAGGUUCCACAGUUCAACCAGCAGCUAAAAUCAUCCCAACAAAAAUUGUUUAUGGGCAGCAAGGGAAAACACAGGUUCUUAUUAAACCCAAACCAGUGACGUUUCAGGCCACAGUUGUUAGUGAACAAACAAGGCAACUGGUCACAGAAACAUUACAACAAGCAUCCAGGGUGGCAGAGGCUGGUAAUUCAUCUAUUCAAGAAGGAAAGGAAGAACCACAGGGUUAUACAGAUAGUAGUUCCUCUUCUACAGAGUCCUCCCAAAGUUCCCAAGAUUCCCAGCCUGUAGUUCAUGUAAUUGCUUCCCGGCGUCAGGAUUGGUCAGAACAUGAGAUUGCAAUGGAGACUAGCCCCACCAUAAUUUAUCAGGAUGUAUCCAGUGAAUCACAAUCAGCUACUUCAACAAUCAAAGCUCUGUUAGAACUCCAACAGACAACAGUGAAGGAAAAAUUGGAAUCUAAACCAAGACAACCCACUAUUGACCUGAGUCAAAUGGCAGUGCCUAUUCAGAUGACCCAGGAAAAGAGACAUUCUCCUGAAAGCCCAUCAAUUGCGGUGGUAGAGUCAGAAUUAGUUGCUGAAUACAUCACUACUGAGCGCACUGAUGAGGGGACAGAGGUUGCUUUUCCUCUUCUAGUCAGCCACCGCUCCCAGCCCCAACAGCCCUCCCAGCCUCAGCGGACCCUUCUCCAGCAUGUGGCUCAGUCACAGACUGCAACACAGACAUCCGUGGUGGUGAAGUCCAUCCCAGCUUCUUCCCCUGGAGCAAUCACCCACAUAAUGCAGCAGGCAUUAAGCAGUCACACUGCUUUUACCAAACACAGCGAGGAACUUGGAACUGAGGAGGGCGAGGUUGAAGAGAUGGACACUUUAGACCCUCAGACAGGUCUGUUUUAUCGAUCUGCCCUGACUCAGUCACAGUCAGCUAAACCGCAGAAACUUAGCCAGCCACAGCUGGAACAGACUCAGCUGCAAGUGAAAACUCUGCAGUGCUUCCAGACUAAACAGAAGCAGACCAUCCACCUGCAGGCAGACCAGCUCCAGCACAAACUCCCGCAAAUGCCCCAGCUUUCCAUCAGGCAUCAGAAACUCACCCCUCUCCAGCAAGAACAAGCACAGCCCAAGCCAGAUGUACAGCACACACAGCAACCCAUGGUGGCCAAAGACAGGCAGCUUCCUACCUUAAUGGCACAGCCCCCCCAGACUGUAGUACAGGUGCUUGCAGUGAAAACCACGCAGCAGCUCCCUAAACUGCAACAGGCUCCGAACCAACCAAAAAUCUACGUGCAGCCCCAAACCCCCCAGAGCCAAAUGCCGCUCCCAGCCUCUUCAGAGAAACAGCCGGCAAGCCAGGUGGAGCAGCCAAUUAUAACCCAAGGAUCCUCUGUUACAAAGAUAACUUUUGAGGGGCGCCAGCCUCCCACAGUUACAAAGAUAACUGGUGGCAGUUCUGUGCCUAAGUUGACAUCACCAGUUACAAGCAUAUCUCCCAUUCAGGCCUCUGAGAAGACAGCAGUGUCAGACAUUUUGAAAAUGUCUUUGAUGGAAGCUCAGAUUGAUACAAAUGUAGAGCAUUUGGUAGUGGAUCCCCCAAAGAAGGCUCUUGCCACUAGUGUGCUCACUGGUGAAGCAGGAUCAUUACCCUCCACCCAUGUGAUGGUGGCAGGGAUGGCGAAUUCCACUCCCCAGCAACAGAAGUGUAGAGAGUCCUGUUCAAGUCCAUCUGCUGUUGGCCCUCCCCUAACAACAAGGAAAAUCGAUGCACCAGGAGUGCCUGCGACAGGCCAGUUCAUGCGUAUUCAGAAUGUAGGCCAAAAGAAAGCUGAAGAGAGCCCAGCAGAAAUUAUCAUCCAGGCCAUUCCCCAGUAUGCUAUUCCUUGCCACUCCAGCUCCAAUGUGGUCGUAGAGCCCAGCGGGCUCCUUGAACUGAACAAUUUCACCAGUCAGCAGUUGGAUGAUGAUGAGACGGCCAUGGAGCAGGACAUAGACAGUAGCACAGAGGAUGGAACUGAACCCAGCCCCUCUCAGAGUUCUGCUGAGCGAUCCUAG